AUUGCAGUUGGAUACAGUUACGUAACGAAGUCAGCUCUGUCUCUCGAUGGGCCGACCCGGAAAAAAGGCUUUCAACGAGCAGGGCGACAGUCUGGUAUCUCUCGGUAAGAAAUGGCCCCUAAAACAAUAAGACAGGCUUUAGCAAACAUGCUGGAGGACCUGAAGCCGGAGGAUUUCAAAAAGUUCUGCGCACAUCUUGUGGACCGCAGGAAAGAGCCGCGAGUCCGACGCAACAGGGUGGAGGGUAAAGACUUUCUGGAAGUCGCGGACGUCUUGGUUUCUACUUUUACCGAGCAGGGAGCUCUUGGUGUGGCUGACGAGAUCCUGAAGGACAUUGGAUGCAGCAACGACGCAGAAAAUCUCGCUGAAGACACACGUGGACUAUCAUCAAAACCUGGUUCCAGUGGCACUGCAGGGCCCUCUGAUGGAGCAAGCGAUGGAACUGCAAAGGCAGAUGACAAGCAUUUUGUGGAUAAACAUAAAGUUGAGCUGAUCAAGAGAGUGAGCAACAUGGAUCCCAUUUUGGAUGAGCUCUUUGACCAAGAUGUCAUCCAACAAGAAAGUUAUGAUAAAAUCAGGGCUCUGCCUACCACUCAGGCGAAGGUGAGGGAGCUCUACUGUGGUCCCCUGAAAGCUGGUGGAGAGAGCAAAGAUAUCUUCCUCAAAUUACUUGAGGAAUAUGAGAAAUUUCUCAUCAAAGACCUCAAGAACAAUAAGUAAAUGUUAUGGUGAAAUUGUUUUUUAGACCAAACAUACACAGUGUACCUGAAUGAAAUGUGUUUUUAUACAUACUUUAUAAAGCUGUCCUUUCUCUGUAGGGUUUCUCAGCAACUUGUUUUUUCACAGUUUACUUGUUAAACUUAAAUUUGUAUUUGUAUUUGGUUAAUUAAUUACUUAAUGUAAAACAAAACAUGAUGAGAUUUCCAGCCAGGUUUAAAAAAAAACACAUGCAGCAAAUGUUUCUCAGAUAAUCAUGUAAGAAAGUAAUUAAGGAUCUCACCAGACAUAUAAUGUUUUUUUUAUCAAAAAAAAUAGCAGAGACCUGUUUUUUUUACCAAUUGUUUUACAUAAAUGAGCCACCAUUAAUGAAAUCAGAAUUAUUAUCUUUUAAUGUUUGUAUGUAAAGCAAUUUUUUUUCAAAUUUGUAACAAAAAAUCCUGAUUGCUGUCUAUGGUUUUUACAUUUUGAGUGACUUGAGUGUCCUGUAUUGUGUUCAGAUCCCAAACAUUAAAAAACAUUACAGGGGUUUUUAUCCUUUAAGAAGGUGCUACCAUACUAUUCUUUGGUCUACAUUUGGAAGAAGAACAAGUGCUGCAGAUUCUCUCUGAAAUGUUAUGAAUGUGAGACAAGUGGUUGUGAGGAAGGAGAGGAGGAGGAGAAUCAACCUGUGUGUCUCUGUCUACGUGACAUCAGGUGUUUGUUUUUUUUUAAAAAUGUGGCCAGAUGAGAGGAGGCUGAAAUGUUCACUGUGUAGUGUGUGAGUUCAGCAUCUGAGCAGAUUAUUCUUUGAGAUUCAGUGACAAAUUUCAAAUAAAGUUGAAGUAUAAUUUUA